GUCGUGGCAGCGGAGGCUGAAACGGGCCUGGCGCAGGUACUGCCAAGAGAUUCCAGAGUCGGAGCAGAGCCUCAUGGAUUUCCUUGGCCCGCUCCAGGUCGAAGCGGACCACUCCUCACAUUCCAACCUGCAGAUGCCGGGCGCAGAGAAG